GGGGGGGGGGGGGGGGGGGGGGGGGGGGGGGGGGGGGGGGGGGGGGGGGGGAGCGCCGCCUUCAGCGGGCCGCGCAUCGCCUUCUACGUGGGGCUCAAGAGCCCCCACGAGGGCUACGAGGUCCUCAAGUUCGACGACGUGGUGACCAACCUGGGCAACCACUACGACCCGGCCAGCGGCAAGUUCACCUGCCAGGUGCGCGGCAUCUACUUCUUCACCUACCACAUCCUCAUGCGCGGCGGCGACGGCACCAGCAUGUGGGCCGACCUCUGCAAGAACGGCCAGGUGCGGGCCAGUGCCAUCGCCCAAGACGCAGACCAGAACUACGACUAUGCCAGCAACAGCGUGGUGCUGCACCUGGACUCCGGCGACGAAGUGUAUGUCAAGCUGGAUGGAGGCAAAGCACACGGAGGCAACAACAAUAAGUACAGCACUUUCUCUGGCUUUCUUUUAUACCCUGAUUAACACACGAGUGACGCGACUCAACUGGCCCUGCCACUGAUGCACAUGGGGCUGUUUGGCAAUUCCAUACCCCGUCGUGCUGCUGUUCCUGCUGGUGUCCACUGUCUCCGCAGGUCACUUUAGCUUCAUUAUCAGUUUGUACCUUUUUAUUUUCACCCUUGUGGAAACGAAAUAGAAAUGAAACAAAGUGAACCCCUUCCUUAUUCUCCCCAUUUCUUCUGACCCCCCCACUCCCUUUGUCUGCCUGAGUGUUUCGUGUGUCACACGAGGAACUUGGCAGCUUGAAACUCUCAAGUGGUUCCAGGAGGGUUUAAAAGAUCCCAGAGUUUGGACUGUGUCACACACGGAAUUUGAACAGGUCACGUUUUUUCAUCAAUAAGUAUUAAUGACGAUGAUGAAUUUUCAGCUCAACUAUUCACAAAGUGGGACUGGAUCAUAACUGUUUUUUCCUCUGCUGCUUUGUAUGGGGUCAAGUGUAAACUUUUCUUUCUGUGCAAUGCAAUGCUCGUGUGAAUGGUGGUGUCAUUAACGUCAAACCUGUUUCUGUCUGCAAAAGAAUUUGGUCAUUGACCAC